CCCCACUAAGUGAAGCCCAAUAAUUGUGGCUCCAUCCGUCCACUGGUGGAGAUGAUGCUUACAUUGCCUCGUGGGGAACCGACUCAGUGCCCAUUUUGUCUUCGUUAGGAGUCUCGGCCCGCUUUACCCAAUGUGGACAUUUAUCACGGGGAGCAGAAGAGGAGAAGAUGUCGCAAUCACCAAAUACCACAUACAGAGAGGAAGAAAUACGUAGUGAUGCGAUUACCUAUCAUGCUCAGCAUAAGCAAAAGUCUAUAUAAUAUACAACGUUCCGGCUGCAUACCUAGCAUUACAUUCACUCGUAAACCUCAAGAAACAAGCAAUCAUGUCACAAAGAGCCGUUCCCCUCACUGUCAUCAAAGGCGCAGGUCAUGAAUACAUACCUAUUCCUGAGGGCGAGAGUGCAAUCGUCGCAGACUUCCACUCUGUCCGAACCGAAACCAAAGACAACCCCUCCUACCUGACCUCAGGGUUCUACCGGAUCCAACCUGGCCCCACGCGCAACAUCCCAUCCUACACCUACGAAGAAACCAAGUACGUUCUCUCAGGACAAAUCGAUGUACUGGAUGAAGCAACGGGCGUCACACAUCAUUUGGUGCCUGGAGAUUUCGCGUUCUUCCAUGUAGGCACAAAGUGCCAGUUCAGCAGCAAAAGUGGGGGCUUAGCUUUUUUCGCGGUUACGAGGCCAAUCAUUACGCAGCAUCCGGGUCUACAGGGGAGGGAGGAGAAGAUUGCGAGCAAGCUUUAGGAAUCAUGUGGUCAUUCAUUGGAGACUC